UCUCCCGAUCUCUCCAGAAGUGAAUGGGAGAGACUUAAAGGCAGCCAGUGUGAAACAGCAGUCUAGCAGUAAGUCUGCAGGCGAACGGGGAAAGCUGUGACAUUCUGCUUCCGUACACAGGGAGCCGAUUCCCAGGAGCCCCACCUCACCAGCAGCAAACUCCCAGAGAGCUCGCGUGAUCUUCCCACAGGGCUUUCACAGACCCGAGCACAGCACGCACAAGGAAAGAACACCAUUCCAUCCAGAAUUGUUUUUGGGGCACUAUGGAGACACCAGGUCAGAAACGAGCCACUCGUGGAGGGAGCACACCCCUGUCACCGAACCGCAUCACCCGCUUGCAGGAGAAGGAAGAUCUGAGCAACCUUAAUGACCGGCUGGCCGCCUACAUUGACAAGGUCCGCUCUCUGGAGGUGGAAAACGCAGGGCUGCGGCUGCGCAUCACCGAGUCAGAGACGGAGGUCAGCCGCGAGCUGUCCGGCAUGAAGGCCGCCUACGAGACCGAGCUGGCUGAUGCACGUAAGACCCUUGACUCCGUUGCCAAGGAAAGAGCCCGGCUGCAGCUGGAGCUGGGAAAAGUGAGAGAAGAGUACAAGGAGCUCAAGGCCAGGAACACCAAGAAGGAGUCUGACCUGGAGGGGGCGCUAGCCCGUCUGAAGGACCUGGAGGCCCUGCUCAACUCAAAGGAUGCUUCCCUGACCACCGCCCUGGGGGAGAAGCGCAACCUGGAGAUAGAAGUCAGGGACCUGAAGGCACAGAUAGCCAAGCUGGAGGGUAGCUUGAGUGAUGCCAAGAAGCAGCUGCAGGAUGAGAUGCUGAGGAGGGUCGAUGCUGAGAACCGCAUCCAAACCCUGAAAGAAGAGUUGGAGUUCCAGAAGAACAUUUACACUGAGGAACUGAGGGAAGUAAAGCGGCGCCAUGAAUCCCGCAUGGUGGAGAUUGAUAGCGGCCGGCAGCAGGAAUUUGAGAGCAAGCUGGCAGAGGCCCUAACAGAGCUGCGGGCCCAGCAUGAGGAGCAGCUCAAGCUCUAUAAGGCAGAGAUCGAGAAGACCUACUCCAGUAAGCUGGAGAAUGCUCGUCAGUCAGCGGACAGGAACAGUCAGCUGGUUGGGGCUGCUCACGAGGAGCUACAGCAGACCCGUGUACGUCUGGAGUCCAUGUCUGCCCAGCUCAGUCAGUUGCAGAAGCAGCUGGCGGCCCGGGAAGCCAAGCUGCGGGAGCUGGAGGAAGCACUGGCCAGAGAGAAGGACACCACACGGCGCCUCCUCAACGACAAGGAGCGCGAGAUGGCCGAAAUGAGGCAGCGCAUGCAGCAGCAGCUGGAUGAGUACCAGGAGCUGCUGGACAUCAAGCUGGCCCUGGAUAUGGAGAUCUGUGCCUACAGGAAGCUGCUAGAGGGAGAAGAAGAGAGGCUGCGCCUGUCCCCUAGUCCACCUCCAACUCGAGUCACCGUAUCCCGCACUUCGGCUUCCGGAAGUCACUCUCGCAUUGUCCAGUCCAGCUCUUCUACCAAGAAGCGGCGCAUUAAUGACACUGACAGUGAGACCUCCAGCAUGGUAGGGGGUGCUGUGGCACGCACCCGAAUUGCGCAGCAGGCCUCUGCCAGUGGCCGUGUCACUGUGGAUGAGGUUGACCUUGAUGGGAAAUAUGUGCGACUCAGCAAUAAAGCUGACCAGGACCAGCCCAUGGGUCACUGGCAGGUGAAGAGACAAGUUGGCACACAGACCCCCAUUGUGUACAAGUUCCCUCCAAAAUUCAUCCUGAAGGCUGGUCAGACCGUUACAAUCUGGGCAUCUGGGGCAGGUGCAACUCACAAUCCCCCUUCUGAUCUGGUGUGGAAGACCCAGAGCUCCUGGGGUUGCGGAGACCAAUUCCAGACCAUCCUCGUCAACUCCAGUGGAGAGGAGAUGGCUAUGAGGAAGGUCACGCGCACAAUGUUCCACGAUGUUGACGACGAGGAUGAUAUGGUGGCCCACAGCACCUGCACUGAUGGCGAGUAUAACCUGCGCAGCCGCACAGUGGUCUGUGGAUCCUGCGGACAGCCCUCUGAGAAGGCCAGCACCAGCUCCAUGACUAGCAGCUCCUUCCGCAGCAGUGGGGGUCUCCCCGAGGGCCUGAUCUCCCACUCCUACGUAGUGGGCAACAACAUGCCUCGGCAGGUCCGACCCACUGUGGAAAACUGUUCCAUCAUGUAACUCCAAGGGUUGUCCCAUGAAGGAGGCAAGAAAAACAGCCAUUUUCUACACACCAAAGAAGUUUUUCUAUGUCUUUAUAAGUAUAUAUAUGUUUGGAAAACCGAACUUGUUUUUAACUACAUAAUCUGCAGGUAAUUUUUAUAUAUAUUUUAGGAGUAGAUUUGCUUUUCAAUGACAAAAGGCAAAAAGAAUCUGAUUUUUGUCCUUAGUUAGUUUCAUCUGCCAGCUAAGUAGAUUAUUUAGUAAGCUUUUAUUAAGGAGAUGUGGAUAGGGAGCUCCUGUUGCACAGUAGUUUGAUCUACACCUGGGUUUUCUAUCAAAUGUGUCGGCUGUCAUCACUGAACACGCACAGCUUAUAAGCCUUUACAUAAGUCAAACUACUGGUGCAUCUCUUAUUAUAUUUCAUAGCUAGUCAUACGUUCAUUCUUUCCAAGUGCAUUGCUGUUACCAUUAAAAUGUUGUUUGGGUU